UUUUGACAACUAACAACAACAAUCCAGUCACAAAAAAUAUUUUGCAGUGUGUCAUCGCUGUUUCAUUAUUGUUCCAUUUGUUGAUAAUAUUAUUUAUCGAAAGGAAGCUGUUAAACGCCUUUCCAUCCUUUCUAAUUUCCGUCUUAUGUAGAAAGUAAAUUUCGAGAUGCCGAUUUUAUACAGCGUAAUAACAAAAGGGACGAUAGUUCUUGCAAAAUAUGCAGCUUGCGCUGGCAAUUUUGCGGAGGUUACAUCUCAAAUUAUCGAGAAAAUCCCUCAACACAACGAUAAGUUAACCUAUUCGCAUAGCAACUAUUUAUUUCAUUAUAUUUGCGAAAAUGGUGUUAUUUUUAUGUGUAUUUCAGAUGAUGAAUUUGAAAGAUCAAGAGCAUUUCUUUUUUUGAAUGAAAUCAAAAGAAGAUUUCAAGCUUCUUAUGGUUACACUAUCGAUAAUGUUAUGCCUUAUGCUAUGAAUGCGGAAUUUUCUCGUGUUUUAUCAACUGAAAUGACACAUUAUUCGGAAUCUCGAGAUUUGGAUACCAUAUCAAAAGUUCAUGGGGAGUUGGAUGAAUUAAAAGAUAUUAUGGUUAAAAAUAUAGAUAAUAUUGCAAUGAGGGGGGAAAGACUGGAGCUUUUAGUAAAUAAAACUGAGAAUUUAAGUAAUAAUGCUGUAACCUUUAGAAAUACCAGCCGUCAUUUACAACGUUCAAUGUUUUGGAAAAGUGUUAAAUUAUAUGUGAUAAUAGGAGUUACUGUGGUUGUUAUUACUUAUCUUAUUGUUUCAAUGGCUUGUGGAGGUUUGGCUUGGCAAAGUUGUGUUGGAAAGAAAUAAAAAGGAUUAAAUUUUGUUUAAAUGAAAAAAAUGAUUUUUUUUAUAAAUUGCUAUUAUUA